AGCCACCGCUCGCAGCGCCGCACCGCGCAGCCGUCGGUCGUCGAGUCGUCAGUCAGUCAGUGCCAGUCGAGAGCGAGGAGCGUUUGCUACUGCGGUCGUGCCCUGGAACUACGUCGAGUGCGCGCGCGUGGAGUGAACCCAGAUUGCGAGAGUGAGCGUUCGUCUUACGGAUUGACAAGCGCGAGUUGAAGGUGCCAGCCAGGUGUAAAAUGCCUUCCCAGCUGCAACUGCCCCGCGUGCAGGAUGGGUGCUGCUGCUGCUCCCUUGAGUCGUGCUCCUACGUGCAAGGCUACUUCGCUCUCCUGUAUAACGUCGCCGCUGCGAUCCUCUCCAUCCUGGGCGCGAUCCAGGCGGCCCGUAGUUCUUGGUGGCUCAAUUGCAGAAAUGGCAACCAAUGGGCGGGGCCUACCUACUUGACAGAGGAGUUGCGUGACUGGGCCGUAGUCGUCUACUCAGCAAUGGCGGUAUUUUCGAUUUUGGCGGCUUUCUCUACGGUUGCCUUUCUGCGUGGCAUUUUUAAGAAGCAGCCUGGUCUCAUGGUGUAUUAUAUCAACUGUCUCGGCGUACACCUGCUACUUACUGCCUUCACUAUGGUCUGGGCUUUCUUGGAUACCGGGCGGACCUAUGGAAAGGCUUAAUCCGUAAAGCCUGCAAGUGAAGAGCUCCAAUUCGGGAAGUCAUCCAAAUGCCAAGAAGAAGGCGUGCGUUCUUGUACCCGGACACUCUGGUUACUUACCCACUGAGCGUUACUAAUUAUAAUUUGCGUGACGAAGACACAUGUCAAGGAGAUGCACAACUUAGUUCCUUAAACAGAAAGGUUUUGAUAACGUCCAUAGACGAUGUGCUUGAAAACGUUCUCGUUUCGGGAACAAAGUUGUGUCUUCUGUUACUUGCAAAAGAACAGGGAGGGGGGGGGGGGAUUUAGAAUAAGGCUAUGGACAAAAAUAUCUUCGCGUUUAGUGGGGUUAAUCAUCUGUGUCUCCACUUCAUGGAUACGUGUUACUACUUCCAGUCCUGACUGAAAACUAUGUAGCAAUUAAGGCGAGUCUUAACAUGCUACUUUCCAUGUUAGACUGUCCUUUCUAAUGAAAAUUUAUCCCAAUAGCCUUUUAUUAAGAGUUCUACCGUUGACAUUUCCUGCAACAGUUUUGUACGAAAACUUGUGUGUUAUGGAUCUGAAAAUGGUGGUGUUUUUGGAAUGUUUAUAGAUAUCUUGACUUUUGUACCGGCUAUUACAAUAAAUGUUUAUUUACGUCUAAC